AUGUCGACUCUCUUUGGCGGAACACAGCCGCAGGCUAACACCUCCUCCCUCUUUGGCAAUGCCGCAUCGAAGCCAUCUCUCUUUGGCACUGCGCCAAGCACAACCCCCAGCACCGGCUCACUGUUUGGCGGACAGACCCAGCAGCCAGCAUCGACCACAACCAGUGCAUUUGGCGCGAGUCCAUUCGGCGCAAGCACUGCAACCCAACAACCUCAACAGCAAGCAACAGGCGCAUUGUUUCCGCAUGCCCAAAUGCCCCAGACUAGCCUCAACACAAGUACCUUUGGGCAGCCGCAGCAGCAAGGAACCACAUUCGGGUCAUCGCUACAGAAACCACAAGGUAGCCUUUUCUCCGGAGGUCAACAAGCAGCAGGGGGAUUGGGAGGUCUCGGAGGUCUCGCUUCUACCCAGCAACAGCAGCAACCGCAGCAAUCGCAAUUCGGCCAGAAUACAAUGACAACGCCACAACCCCAACAGCAACAGCCUUCGCUCUCAUCAAGCCUUUGGUCCCCCGGCCGCGCGAUUACUGGAGUACACCGGACUGUUCCUAUGCAAGUAGCUAUUAUCAAGGACAAGUGGGAUGCGCCCAGCCAAAGCUCGCCAUUCCGAGCUUACCUGUACAACAAUGUCGGCGAGGAAGCCGCACCUUUCUACCAACCAGGCCCCGAGGACGACGAAUCAAAAUGGGAGGAGGCUUUGCGCAAGCGACCGGGUCCAGGAUAUGUGCCUGUACUUGUCAAAGGCUUCUGGGACCUCGGCAAGCGCGCGCAGCGUCAAAGGGACUUCCUGACUAUGAUGCAGACACGUCUGCACGAGAUCAACAACUGCCUGACCGGACUUCUCUCGAGACACGAUCUCAAUAUUUCCGUCAAGAUCGCCGAUUGCCGGCGCAAGCACAUUAUUCUGAGCAAGCGGUGCCUCGCCCUUGCCGCCAAGACGCAAAUACUUCGCAAUAGAGGCUAUGCCAUGGAUGAAGCAGAGGAACAGUUGAAGAAUAAGUUGAUGGAGUUGGAACGUGACGUCUUUGACCCGUCCCUCAAUGGCCGCGCUGAGGAGAUCUGGGCCCGCAUGUUGGCCAUUCACGAACACUCAAAGCGAUUGCAGGUGGAGAUGGAUCGUGCCGGCGUAAACGUGACGCAAGCAGAGGAUGACAUUGAUGAGCAGACGUUGAAGACAGCAAAGAAGAUCCUGGACAGUUACCACUCUCAGAUCCAGCAUCUCCAAAAGGAGAUGGAGUCUAUCAAGGCCGAUUUCCACGAGGUGGAGAAAGCGACUCGGCUUUGA